AUGAACGUUCUACUUGGGCUCCAUUUCCUCCACAGCUACGGCAUCGUACACGGCGACCUACAUAUGGGAAAUAUACUCGCCAAUAUCCACCCACUAGGUCAGCCUUUGGAUGAUGGUGGUGCCUUGGAGCGUAACCUUCAACAACUUGCUAGCCAAGGCUGCCCGCUCAAGAGGAAGGACGGAAAGACGGAUCUCUGGGCUCCGGCAUACCUGCUUGAGCUUGCGCCUUUACACGAGCAGGUGUGUUUUGAUCUCGACCCUGCGGUGAAGAUUACAGAUCUCGGCACUGCUUUCUUCGAGGAAGACCCUCCGCCCAAAAUCGUCACACCGGUACAUCUUCGAGCGCCUGAAACUAUCCUUGGUGGCCCUAGCCCCCCCGGCAAAGGAAUAGAUAUUUGGUCGUUCGGAUGCCUCAUGCUCGAGCUGCUCACUACCCGUUAUUUGUGUACCGGACUUGAAGGUGUGGCUGACGACGAAGAGUACGGCGAAUAUACCAAUGACGAGCAUGUCAUUCAGCUUUCCGAGGUUCUGGGACCGCUACCGGAAGAACUCGCUUCGAGAUGGCGUCGCCGCGACAGGUACUAUGGCCCGGAUGGAAAACGGCUGGAUAUGCCCGAGCCUGAUCAAGACGGGGACGGCGACCAAGACGAGCACGAAAGACGAGGAGAUGACGGAAUUGGAAUCAGAAUCCGACGGCCACGCUGCACGCUCCCCAAACUCACCCAGAUCGUCGAGGAGUGGUCUGAGUAA